AGCCAGGACCCCGGGGCAGUGUCCCCCUCAGGGUCCCAGACCUCUUCCUCUGGGUCAGACUUGGAAGCCCCAGCUUCGUUUUCUACUGCGCCCUGAGACCCAACCUGCAACAGCCCCCGGAAUAGCCUCUCAUGGAGACGCCCAUCGAGCGCGAAAUCCGCCGCAGCUGCGAACGCGAGGAGAGCCUGCGCCGGAGCCGGGGCCUGAGCCCUGGUAGCGCGGGCCGCGAACUCGUUGAGCUGCGCUUGCGGCCGGUGCUCAGCCUGCCAGGCCCCGGCCCCGCGCUCUCGCGUGCCUUGGAGCGCGCGCGGGCGGGCGCGCAGAUGCAGCGAGACAUCGAGCGGGAGUCUCACCGGCAGGCGGCGCUAGCGCGUCCCCCGACCCCGGAGCCGUGCACCCGGCCGCCUCCGCAGGCGCUGGGCGAGCUCAAGCGCUUCUUUGAGGCCGCGGGUGGGUGCGGCUACUCACCGGCAGCGGAGGGCGGCACGGGCACGCAGUGGUUGCUGGAGCCCGGAAGCCGGCCGCGUUCGGCCGUGCAGGGCCGGUGCCCGGUACUGGCCCGCGCCCCGCCGCCCAUGGCGCCGUCGCUGCUGGAGCAGGAGGUGCGCGAGGCACAGGAGCGCGAGCGGGAGCUGCAGCGCCAGAGGCUUAAUGUCUAUGGCACCGCCGAGGUCAAGGAGCCCGAGCCGAGCCUAAUGGCAUUCAGGAGCGAUGGAAAGCUGGCGGUGAUCUGGCCUCCUCGCAGAAAGGCUUCGGAGAACGGUCUGGAGCAGUAGGAGCGGAAGCCUUAAGGUUAGAGCGGGCUGGGAUCCCCGGCUGGAAGUAACAAUGCCCGUCAGAGGACCCGGACAAGAGGAGCCCAGGAGACCCCUCCGGAUAAGCAGAAGUCCUGGAGAGGGGCCAGCGGUCUGCGCCGGGGAAGAUGAAAUCUACCAGCCCAUCCUUGAACUUGAUUUUUGUGAAAUUGAUCAGUUUCUGCCAUAAAACUGUUAUUCCCCAUUGGUAAAUACCACUACAACAGUGCAGCCAGUGAAACUGCCCAUCCAGCACUUCUUCACCUAAGUGCAAACUUAGUUAGCCUCUCCCUCCGGCCCUGACUGUGGUCACCAUCUCGGUUUCCCCACUUCCAAUAAAGUCCCUUCUUUCUGGGCAGUGCACGCUA